UGUCAUGUGUCCCUGCCACCACUAAUUAACCUACCCCGACGAUUGACCCGUUCCACCUUAAACUGGGCAGCAGUUUAAGGUGGAACGGAACAGUUCGCGGGCGGAUAGGAAGUGAAACUGAAAUCUGAAAGCCGUGACGACGCUGUUCCGCCGUCUGGCCGCAGUUCCGUAAAUCAAGCGCAGAUCCGCUCCGGACUGUUCCGCGGCGAGGACUGUCAGUGGCUGCCGGAGAACAUGAUCCGGGGCCGGGGUUGAAAAUGGCCAUUUCGAGGGGGCUGAGAUGCUGUCAGAGGAUAUUUUCCUGGAUCCCCGUCGUGAUCAUUUCGUCCGUGGUGCUGUGGUCGUACUACGCUUAUGUGUUUGAGCUCUGUUUUUUUACUCUCCACAACACUCUGGAGAAAGUGACCUACGUUCUGGUGUUCCAUGUGUGCUUUGUGAUGUUCUGCUGGACCUACUGGAAGGCCAUAUUUACUCCACCCUCCACGCCGUCCAAAAAGUUCCACCUCUCCUUUAGUGACAAAGAGAGGUAUGAGAUGGAGGAGAGGCCGGACGUGCAGAAGCAAAUCCUGAUUGACAUAGCAAAGAAGCUCCCCAUCUUCACACGGGCUCAGUCAGGAGCUAUCAGGUUCUGCGAUCGCUGUCAACUGAUAAAGCCUGACCGCUGUCACCACUGUUCAGUCUGUGAAACGUGCGUCCUGAAAAUGGAUCAUCACUGUCCGUGGGUGAACAACUGUGUCGGAUUCUCAAACUACAAAUUCUUCCUGCUCUUUCUGUCUUACUCCAUGCUCUACUGUGUCUUCAUCGCAGCAACUGUUUUCCAGUAUUUCCUGAAGUUCUGGGUGGGCGAGCUUCCAAACGACCGUGCUAAGUUCCAUGUCUUGUUCCUGUUGUUUGUGGCUCUCAUGUUCUUUGUCAGCCUCAUGUUUCUUUUUGGCUACCACUGCUGGCUGGUGGCUAAGAACAGGUCCACGUUGGAGGCUUUCUCAGCGCCAGUGUUCCAGAACGGUCCCGACCGGAAUGGUUUUAACGUUGGCGUCCGCAAAAACCUUACACAGGUUUUUGGAGAAGACAAAAGGCUCUGGCUUUUCCCGGUGUUCACCAGUCAAGGCGAUGGCCACUAUUUCCCCCUGAGGACCCUGUGCGAAUCUCAGAACCCCUUAUUGGCCAGUGAGGGGAGAUGGGGGGAGGACGGCGGAUCAGAUGAAGACAGCACAGAUGGUGAAGUGGAACAUGACCCUUCAGUCACCAUUGAUGUGGAAUACUAAUUAAUGGAUGAGCUACAUUUUUUUAAGAGCACUUUCAGUUGCUUUAGGCAUGAACUUGAAUCAUAUGAAGCACCAAACACUCGGUUGAGGCGACUGCAUUCCAAAUACUGGGAGACGCACGGAAAACUAUGUCCAUGGAGCGCCAAAUAUCUGGAGGGGACCACUGAGUGUUACCCUGUGUUUUUUUUUUUUUUUUUUUAAUUAUCACUCCUUGAUGUUUUCCAUCCAUGUGAAUCCUUUUGAGAAACGCCAAGGACCGUCACUGACUGAGCUCGGGCUUGGACUUGGUUUGUCUUCUUCUCACAAGGUAAUCAUGAGCUGGAUGAGGUUGUACCUCAAAUUCUUUCACAUUUCAGCAUUCAGCUUCCGCCAUUGCCAGUGGCAGCCAGCGUCGCAGCGUGUACAUAAGGUCCACCUGGAACAGCAGAAGAGGAACUUGCGCCCGUUUCGAGGUCAGCCACUUCCGCUCUUAUGCGCUUCCCAUCCCGCCUUGAGAAGCUCAGAUAAAAGCUGUCCAUUUAUCCACUGCACAGUACAGCAGAGCAUGGCGUCUCUCCAGGCCUUAAAGAUGCAUCAAAGACUCAAUGCUUUUCUGUAGAAUCACUGUGGUGCAGCCUAAACGUGUCCACCUUUUUUAGCGAAUGUUAAAAUUGAUAUCGUCCUUUUAUUAUGAUGUAUAGUAAGUAUGUUGGUUAUGUGUGUGUCUAGAAGUGCAGAUAGGACAUUUGAGGUGUUGUCAUUUGUUACCCUGGUUGGGGAGGGGUGGGGUGGGGGGGCGUUAACUAUCAUGAGAUUCAUUAUUAUUAUUUUUUUAAUUUAUCAUGUUUAUUAACGGUGAUUCACGAAUAAAUGUAUCAUGCCUUGCUGCCAUUUUCCACACGGACACUUUACGUCAGGGUGGCCAGUCUUAUCCGCAAAGGGCCGCACGUUGCUUGGUCAUUGCGACGUGACGUUGGAACAACCCCGCCGUAAAAGUCACAGCAGGUGCAGCAGGUGCAGUUAUGAACUGCCGGGGCAGAUUUUGUUCAGGGAUGUUACAGUUGUUGCUGUUACUGGUGAAAGUCGUGAUAGAUGUCAUGACUGCGGAAGUCCAGAGAGGCCACGAGGCGGCUGUAAUUUUCUGAAUAACUUAUUUCAAAAUAACAAUAUUGUGACCCUGAAUAACGAGUUACUUAUCUCAAAAUAACCAAGUUAUCUUAAUGAGGUCAUUAUAUUGUGAUCUCAAGAUAAAGAUAAAGUUUGUUACAUUUGAGAUAACAGGAUGAUUAACUUAUCUCAAAAUAAAAAUCCAUAAAGUUGUAAAGUCCAUGAUACAAAGUUGUUAUCUUGAGAUGAGUUAUCUGAAGAUAACAAAUUGUUGUCUUGAAAUAAUGAGUUGCUUGUUAUCUCCAGAUAACAAGUUAUCUUAAGAUGAAUUGUCUUGUAAUCUCACGACAACAACUUUUAUAUUGAAGUUAUUUAUCUUAUUUCAAGGUGACUUAUUUCAAGACUUUUGUAAUGUUACCUCAAGAUAACUUAUCUUUAGAUAUGUUAAUUAUCUUGUGAUCUCUAAAUAACAAUUGUGGUCUAUGAGGUAUUUAUCUUUAUUUUAAGGUCGCAAAAUUGUCGGUCUCGAGAAGUGUAAACAAAUGUUUUCUUUAAUUAGAUGACGAGUGAUUUAUCUUGUUCUCUCAAGAUAACGCUCCAGAAAAUCGCAGCAGCAGCUCAUGGCCUCUCCGGACUUUCGUACAUGACGUUGGACUUUGACACGCAGCACUGCUAUAUUAAUAAACAGUCAUAAGUCGCGUGCGUCAUGUUUAUGUGUCCGUGUCACGCAGCAGUUCUAGCUAACGAACUGUUUGAAGACGGAGACCAAAACAUGCCGCUGUCCUCACGGAAGCACCUGAUUCCACCUGGCGACCGACAACCUCACCAGCCCUUUGUGGGUAAGACUGGGGACCCUUGCUUUACUAGAAAAAUAUGGUAUGUCAUAAUCUAGAACCAGUGUUUUUGCAGUAAAGUUCAGUGUUCUAGUUCAGUGUUCUUCCCGUGUUCCGCUCAGAAACGCCUGAUUCGACUGAUUCGCCAAGUCUUUCAUGAGUUGGAUCAGGUGAUGAAAGGAAACGAGGAACGGCGGCUGUGCUGAAGGAUUUGUCAAACACGGAACUAGAUGCUCCGAGUUCCCCUGAAGCUGGCCUUUGUUCCUCUGAAUAAAGAGCUUAUCUCGCUCUCUAAUUCCAGUUCAGAGAGGAGAGCUACUGUUCGUUUACUUGGUUCUAUUCAGACAGAAUGGGAUUAAGUCAUGGAUCAUGCCGACUGUAUUUCAUAUCAUCAGCACCACGUCCCUUUCUGGCCUUAAGCCUUUUGUCCGCUUGUUCUUGUGUAAACGCUGUUUUCCGUUCACGCCUUGUCGGAUGCCUGUGUGUGAGCCAUGUGGUCCUUCUUGAACGGUCCUGUUGAUGCUGUUACACGUAUUCCUCCUGUUUUCAGAGUCGCCUUCAUGUGCAUAACCUCUGCAAACACAUUUAUGCCUCGCUUACAGAUAUAUUUUCAAACGGUACAGUUAUGCAUUGUUUAAGCAAAGAAAGAAUCGGAGCACUGCGUAUGAUGAACGUCAACAUGUGAUUAAAAAAUGAAAACGAUGAAUAAAAUCCACCUUUUUUAAAUAUAUUUCUUCAGUGGGGUUUUUAAACGAGGAGAUCCGACCCAGGGGAGAGUGGAGUUGGCACUGUGUUGAUUUCUAGGUCAUUCAUUCAUUUAAUCAAGAGCUCUUAAUCGCUGCUGUGGGAAGAAAACCCCGUAUCUCCAUCUCUGUCGUUGCCUGUUGUUUUACAUUGUGUGCAAAUUUCACGAUGAAUGGAUGAAAAGAAACCGCCCAAGGUGACGUCUGGUUCCAUUGACUUACAUUAAAAUUAAGGCAGUUUUUUUCUUUCUUUCUUCUCUCGCACAACAGCGAUUAUACAAAGUGUUAUUUUUAUGAUUAACCUUUAUUAGAGAAUAAAACGUGUUUUCCAUUAUACAUCAGCUGUUAUUCUUUUAUAAAACUGUAUAUUCAAAAUAGUUCAGAUGUAUAGCAUUUCAUAUAUUAAUUUUAUUUAAUAGCACUGGAAAUCCUCUCUAUUUUGAUAUGAUUUUAAAGCUAAUAAAAAGUAAUAACAGCCAGCUAACAAAGUAAAUAGUGAGUGGUGGAAAAAAAAAUGUAUAAUGAAUUAGAAAUUGUGAUGUUUUAAUUUGGGUUAAUAAAAGAAUAUUAAAUAAAUGAAUAAAGAG